UCUUGCUUUGAGUUCUCUCAGCGACAACCAUCUACACUCGCCGACACCUUUGCACAAUUAAGCCAGUUUUUUUUUUUUUUUUUGAAGAAUUGAUUUUUCAAUGGCCAAUGACAGCUUUAGUGGCAAUUCUCCGCUGCCAGCGGAAAAACUUCCUGAUUGUUGGAAUCAAGAAGAACGAAUAAGCGCGUUGUUUUCACCGUUUCGCAGUAAAUCCGCAAAUCCACAAGAUUGGAUUUCCAAGUAUAAAUUCUGGCAUAACUUGAUAUAUGAGUGGCUGAGGCACUCUAUGCGAUGCAGUUUCUCUGUUGUCGAUUUAAAUCAAGUGUUUAAAAGGAAAGGCUGUACACCUGUUUGCCUGACUACUGUGAUCGAAGAACUUCUUAGAAAUAAUGAGAUAAUUCAAGAGACUGAUUUUUUUAAAGAUCCAUGUGAAACAUGGACUGCAUGGUCAGUUAAUGUACUUGUAAAGAAACCAAUUAGCUGGUCACUUUCUAAAGUAAAGAAUUAUGUAGUGGGCCAGAAUACAAAUGACUUGGAAGUGAAAUAUGUACAUUUGCGUAUUGUGCAAGAAUUGAGUGAUGUUAUUCUCUCUCUUGCCGAAGUUAAACAUAAUAAUGUCUUGUAUUCGAUCUCGGAUAUAAUAGAAUAUUGUAACAGUAAAACAAACCAGCAGAUCUCUGAGAAUUCAAUAAGAUUGGCACUGGAGUGGCUGAGACAGAAAAGGAAAGCGAUUUUAAAGAAAAAUUCUGAUUCGAGUAGCGAAUUGCUGGUUAAACUUUCCACACAAACGAUAAAUGAAAUUACGCAAGUGGAAGAGGGGAUGUACAAGCUAACGAAGCAAGAGAACAAACUGAUUAAAGAAAUAGAACUUCUGGAGAAAGAGAAACUCAGUGUCAUUAAGGAAGUCAAGUUGUAUUUGGCAAAGGAGCUGCGUCAAGUGGCGAAAACACACUUGAGAAGAAAGAUGGAAUUAGAGAAGACAAUAGAGAAACGCGCGCAAGCUCUCGUGAAUUUACGUACUCUUAUCACCAGCAUCGAAGAUGCGCAUUCUAAUUCGGCUGUAUUCUCAGCUUACAAAACCGGAUCUGAUGUAUUGAAGGAAAUAGGAAAAGAUGAAUUAGUGGAAAACGAUGUCAGAGAUGUUAUGGAUGAAAUCAAUGAGGUUUUACUAGAGAACAAAGAGAGAGAGUCGAUUUUAUCGGAGACACUGAUCAAUAGCGAGUCUGAUGCUGAAUUAGAAAACGAAUUAGCGGAACUGUUGAAGGAUGAUGGCGAAAAAGCCUUUUCAACAGGCGACGAAUCAGAAUUUGAAAACUUGGAGCACCGAUUGAAGGACUUGUAUAUGGAUGUUUCUUCCAACACAAAUGUAGCUGUGCCAUCUCGUAAAGACAAGUCGUUAAAAAAGGUGGAAUGUUUGUGAGUUGCAACAACAUAUUU